CGGGGGGCGGCGGGGGGCGGGAGGGGGGGCUGAGCCUCGCCGAGGGAUCCGGGGGGGCCGCGGGCUCGUGCCCCCCGUGCCCACCACCCGCUCCCCGCCAUCGGCAGCCUCCGGAGCGGCUCCAUCCCAGCAGCUCCAUCCCGGGAGCCCCGAUCCCGCGGGAGCUCCCCGUGAGCAUCCCGGGGGAUCCAUCGCACCCCCCCCUCGGUAGGGGCGAACCCCCCCCUCCCGCCGAGCCCCCCCGGUAUCCGCGUGCCGUGGCUGAUCCCUCCCUUCCCGGGGCUGCGCCGAUGGACUCUCCCAGCGCUCCGUGUGUGCGGCGGAGGCUGCGGCGGUAGCGCUGGUACCCGGGAGCUGCUGUCGCGCCGUGUCGCUGCCGGAGCAUCCUCCUUCCUCGCCGUAUCCCUUCCCGAGCAUCCUUCCUCGCCGGAGCACCUUCCUCCUCCUCGCCGGCGUCGGGAAGGAGCUGGAGCUGGAGCGGAGCGAGGGCUGAGCCAGGUCCGGGCCGGUGUCCGGGGUCCCCCCACGCCCCCUCCCACGGAUGGGUAGCACCAUCACCCAUCUCCCCCCAUCCCUGGCCUGAGGGCGCAGCCCCCGACGCAGAGACCCCUCCCCAUUUCCACGCCGGCAUCCCGUCCCAUCCCGCCGGCGCCAUGGACGAGUCGUUCCGGGACCGGACGGCGUUCAUCCGCGGCGCCAAGGACAUCGCCAAGGAGGUGAAGAAGCAGGCGGCCAAGAAGGUGAGCCGGGGCAUGGACCGCGUGCAGGACGAGUACACCCGGCGCUCCUACUCCCGCUUCGAGGAGGAGGAGGACGACGAAGACUACGCGCCCCAGGACGGCUACUACCGGGGGGGCGAGGGGGCCAACGAGGAGGAGGGGGCGUCCAGCGACGCCACCGAGGGCCACGAUGAGGAGGACGAGAUCUACGAGGGCGAGUACCAGGGGAUCCCCCGGCAAGAGUCGCUGAAGGGGGGGGAGCGCCUGGGGGCCGCCACGGCCACCGGCGCCUUCGACGACAGCGAGGGGCAGCGGCGGAAGGACCGCGAGGAGCUGGCGCAGCAGUACGAGCUCAUCCUGCAGGAGUGCGGCCACGGCCGCUUCCAGUGGACCCUCUACUUCGUCCUGGGCCUGGCCCUCAUGGCCGACGGCGUCGAGGUCUUCGUGGUGGGCUUCGUCCUGCCCAGCGCCGAGAAGGACAUGUGCCUCUCCGACUCCAACAAGGGCAUGCUGGGACUCAUCGUGUACCUGGGCAUGAUGGUGGGCGCGUUCGUGUGGGGCGGGCUGGCCGACCGGCUGGGCCGAAGGCAGUGCCUCCUCAUCUCCCUCUCCGUCAACAGCGUCUUCGCCUUCUUCUCCUCCUUCGUCCAGGGCUACGGCACCUUCCUCUUCUGCCGCCUGCUCUCGGGCGUGGGCAUCGGCGGCUCCAUCCCCAUCGUCUUCUCCUACUUCUCGGAGUUCCUGGCGCAGGAGAAGCGCGGGGAGCACCUGAGCUGGCUCUGCAUGUUCUGGAUGAUCGGGGGCAUCUACGCCUCCGCCAUGGCCUGGGCCAUCAUCCCCCACUACGGCUGGAGCUUCCAGAUGGGCUCCGCGUACCAGUUCCACAGCUGGAGGGUCUUCGUGCUCGUCUGCGCCUUCCCCUCGGUCUUCGCCAUCGGGGCGCUCACCACCAUGCCCGAGAGCCCCCGCUUCUACCUGGAGAAUGGGAAGCACGAUGAGGCCUGGAUGGUGCUGAAGCAGGUCCAUGACACCAACAUGAGGGCCAAGGGCCACCCCGAGAGGGUCUUCUCGGUCACACACAUCAAGACCAUCAAGCGGGAGGACGAGCUCAUCGAGAUCCAGUCGGACACCGGGACGUGGUACCGGCGCUGGCUCGUCCGAUGCCUCAACCUGUCGCAGCAGGUCUGGAGCAACUUCCAGCAGUGCUUCGCGCCCGAGUUCCGGCGCGUGACGCUGAUGAUGAUGGCGGUGUGGUUCACCAUGUCCUUCAGCUACUACGGGCUCACCGUGUGGUUCCCCGACAUGAUCAAGCACCUGCAGAGCAUCGAGUACGCCUCACGCACCAAGCUCUUCACGCGUGAGAAGGUCCGACACUUCACCUUCAACUUCACCCUGGAGAACCAGGUGCACCGUGGCGGCGAGUAUUUCAACGACAAGUUCAUCGGGCUGAAGAUGAAGUCGGUGACGUUCGAGGACUCGCUCUUCGAGGAGUGUUACUUCGAGGACAUCACCUCCAGCAACACCUUCUUCAAGAACUGCACCUUCAUCUCCACUGUCUUCUACAACACAGAUCUCUUUGAGUACAAGUUCAUCAACAGCCGGGUGGUGAACAGCACGUUCCUGCACAACAAGGAGGGCUGCCAGCUGGACUUCAGCGACGACAACAACGCCUACAUGAUCUACUUCGUCAGCUUCCUGGGCACCCUGGCCGUGCUGCCCGGGAACAUCGUCUCGGCCCUGCUCAUGGACAAGAUCGGCCGCCUGCGCAUGCUGGCCGGCUCCAGCGUCAUGUCCUGCGUCAGCUGCUUCUUCCUGUCCUUUGGGAACAGCGAGUCGGCCAUGAUCGCCCUGCUCUGCCUCUUCGGGGGGGUCAGCAUCGCCUCCUGGAACGCCCUCGACGUGCUCACCGUGGAGCUCUACCCCUCUGACAAGAGGACGACGGCGUUCGGGUUCCUGAACGCGCUGUGCAAGCUGGCGGCCGUGCUGGGCAUCAGCAUCUUCACCUCCUUCGUGGGCAUCACCAAGGCCGUGCCCAUCCUCCUGGCCUCGGCCGCGCUGGCCCUCGGCAGCUCCCUGGCCCUCAAACUGCCCGAGACGCGGGGGCAGGUCCUGCAGUGAUGGGGGGGGCUGGGGGAGAGGGAAACACCCCCCCUGCCCCCUCCUCCUCCUCCCCGGGGUAUCCCCCCCCUCCCAAAUCCAGCCUCUCCCCCCGCCCCGUGCCCCCGGGAUUAGUCGCGUUAGACACUGUGAAACGUCUUCUUGGAGCA